CGCACCAUGGACUGUGUUGUGGAUAGCAACGUGAAAGUCUCCAGAAAGAGUAAAGAGGAGAAAAAAGUCUUUAAAAAGCAGUUAAAAGCCAGCCACACUUUGCUGAGGCAUGAAGGCAUCAGCACGGCGUCACAGCCAACAAAGAGUUUGGUUGUGGCUAAUGGUGGCCUUGGCAAUGGCGUGAGUCGAGAGGAGCUUUCUUCAGUGCUGAAGGAGAUGGGGGAGGUGGAAGCUCUGGUCAUGCCUCCUCACAAGCCUUAUGCAUUUGUCACAUACAGGUCGGAAGAGAGUGCUCGGAAAGCUCAUAUCCACCUUAACGGGCAGAAACUGCAAUCUGGGGAGAACAGCGUCAUGCUGUAUCUCAGUUACAUCAACUCAGUGAGUCAAGAAGAGGAGGCGUCUGUCCCUCUGCCGGAUGGUUUAGUUUUGUUGGAGGAUUUCGUGUCUCCAGAGGAAGAAGCUCUGCUGCUUGCUGCUAUUGACUGGUCAUCCGCUGAUAAUGAUGUAACUGCUCAAAAAGCUCUGAAGCACAGAAGGGUCAAACACUACGGCUUUGAAUUUCGCUACGACAACAACAAUGUGGAUAAAGACAAGCCGUUACCAGCAGGCCUUCCUGUGGCGUGUUUAGCUGUGCUGCAGCGUUGUGUGAGUGAGCGACACAUCGACAUGAUGCCAGACCAGCUGACUGUCAAUCAGUAUGAGUCUGGACAGGGUAUCCCACCUCAUGUGGACACUCACUCUGCCUUUGAGGACACCAUCAUGUCUCUGAGUCUCGGGUCAAAGACGGUGAUGGAUUUCCGUCACCCUGACGGUCGCUGUGUUCCUGUGGUGCUGCCCGGGCGGAGCCUCCUGGUGAUGAAGGGAGAGAGCAGAUACCUGUGGACACAUGGGAUCACUCCCAGAAAGUUUGACAUGGUACCGGCUCGCGACCCACAAUCCCCUGCUCAAACAGCGACUGACCCGGGGACCCAAAGCCAGCUCACACUGAGCAAGAGAGGCACCCGCACUUCUUUCACUUUCCGAAAAAUCAGGCACAAACCCUGCCGCUGUGCGUUCCCCUCUGCAUGCGACAGUCAGGGCGCUCCACCGGCACCUUCCCCACCGUCUCCUCCUGCACUUCCCAGUUGCCAUAGCGACGCGGCCCGUCUGGAGGAGGAGUACGUGCAUCGGGUGUACGAGGCCAUCGCUCCCCACUUCAGCAGCACUCGCCACUCCCCCUGGCCCCGCGUCUGCCACUUCCUGUCCUCGCUUCCGCCCGGCGGCGUGCUGGCCGACGUGGGCUGCGGCAACGGCAAAUACCUGGCCGUGAACCCGGAGGUGACGGCGGUGGGAUGUGAUCGCAGCGCCGCUCUCGUACAGAUCUGUGCAGAGAGAGGCUUUCAUGCGUUUGUGUCUGAUGCUCUCAACGUGCCGCUGCGGACCGCCUCCUGUGACGCCUGCAUCUCCAUCGCUGUCAUCCACCAUUUUUCCACGGAGGAACGUCGGCUGGAAGCAGUCAAGGAGCUGGUGCGGCUUCUGAAGCCUGGAGGUCGAGCCCUCAUCUACGUCUGGGCUUUUGAACAAGAGUACAACAAGCAAAAGUCCAAAUACCUCAAAGACUUCAAGAAAGAGCAUCAUGGGAAGAGCAGUCCCACUGUUAACGCGCCAGAGGAAAGCCAGGAGCCUCAUGGGAAAUCACCGUGCCAUGCCAGCACACACUCGGAAGAGUCCAAUGAGCCGACUCAGGACGUGCACGCAGCUGCUGGCAAGCUGAGCGUGCACACCAACCGCACAGCCUUCAACACCCAGGACCUCCUGGUGCCCUGGCAUCUGAAAGCAGGGAAAAAGCAAGACGGGGGAGAAUCAAGAGACGGUGAGAAGAAGCGUGAAAGAAAGGAGAAGUCCGAAGAGACCCGGGGUCAGACCUGCUCUAACGAUGCCACGCUAAGAUCUGACUCUAAGACCGGCCCGAGUCUGAGUUCCAGCUCAGCCGUAAAGUCAGAGUCGGAGAACGGAGCAGCUCCAGUCUUCCACCGGUUUUACCACGUCUUCCAGCAGGGGGAGCUAGAGCAGCUGUGUGGCCUGGUGGCAGGAGCCAAAGUGCAGAGCAGCUACCAUGAUCAAGGGAACUGGUGUGUGGUGUUGGAGAAGCACUGAAGCACACACACGAUGUUGAAUGAUUUUACUGCUAAUUAUUGAUAAAAUAUAAACUAAAAUAAAAAAUAAAAAUAAAAAUAAAAAAUUUAAUGAACCAAAAAAUGGACUUUAAGAUUCUUUCAUUUUUUUUG